AUGUUCUUCUUUGGAGGAGUAGGAUCUCUAUUAGGAGGCUUUGUAAGUGGAAGGAUUGGACAUUGGACUAGUUUAUUUAAUGUAGCAUGGUUUCAAACAUUCCUAGUUGGCCUAUUUUGUGUUUAAUCUUUCUUUUCUUAUGCUGAUAAGAUUUUAAUCAUGACCUAUUCAAGUGGAUUCAAUUUAGGAUUAUCAUAUUCAGGAUUGGAAGCAUUGCAUGCAAUGAUGAUUGCAAAGUUAAUAAAUAAGGAAAACUACUAUUAUGUUGCCAAUAGUGCUGUUAGUAGUCUAGCAUCGACUAUCUUAUCCCUUGUGUUUAUUUUUUUAAGUAAAACCACAUUUAUGUAUUUCCUGUACUUUAUGUUAUUGUUGAUUUUCUUAAAUGUAGCAUUUCUGGUGAUUUCAUAAAGGCGGUUCUCAAACAUCAAACAAGUAAGCCUUAUCAAUACAGAAUAAUCAGAUUCAUAAACUAAGGAAUGA